AUGGUUCUGCCGACUGCCAACCCCACCAAGUCCUACUGGAUCGAGGCCGCCGAUUCGUCGCUGCGCGAUUUCCGCUCCAGCGACCAAUUGCCUGUCGAAACGGAUGUGGCUAUAGUAGGCAGCGGUUAUGCGGGCGUUGCGACUGCCGAACGCUUCGGCCCCAAGGUCGCCAUGGACCUCAUCGCUCACGAAAUGGCCCAUCUGCCUGCCUUUCGGGACCUAGCCAGUGAAGAGGACAUUGCUGAGCAAGUCUGCCUCAAGUUUGGAGAGACGUUUGAUGCCGCCAUGACCGACGAGGCUUGGGCCCGGCUCAAGGGCGCGCUGGACGCUAUGCGGAGGGACCAUGGCGAAGACCAUGACAUUGUAAAGCAGUGCAGAGUCGUCGAGGACCCAAGUGAGGCGGAGGAGGUCUCGCAAAUGAAGGGUGCGAGGGCCGCCAUAGUGCAUCCUGCUGGGCAAAUGUACAUCUGCCAUCCCAAUUCCCUCUCGCCCGAAUCAGAAUUAUGGCCCUAUAAAUUCAUCCACGCCCUCCUGCGCAUUCUUCUGCAAAAAGACAAUAUAAAUCUCCAAGCCCACACGCCCGUGACAGAGGUAUCACAGCGCGACACCGCCGGCUGGAUCACGAUAACGACUCCUCGCGGAACCCUCCGCGCCAGGUCUGUUGUCCACACAACGAACCGAUGGGCCUCGCACCUCCUCCCUGAGUUUUCUAAGCUCAUCCGGCCCGAUCGCGGUGUCGUAGCCGCCAUCAAGGCGCCCGAAGGCUUCAUCAAGCGCACUGGCGCCCAGCAUUGGGAUGCCGUCGUAAAUAAUUACCACCUCCAGCUCCCCCCACCUUAUAAUACCAUCAUGAUAGGCGGUGCCCGCCAGCUCCUCGUCCACACGCCAGACGCAUGCCAUGAAAACGACGCCGAAGAUGAGCAUGUUCCCGGCGUAGCAGAGUUCUUCAAGACCUGGCCGAACUCGGAUGUUGCGGGUUGGGUGGGGCCGAGUCAAGCAGAGCUGGGGAAAGAGGAUGAGCAGGGUGGCUGCUGGACGGGUAUUCAAAGCACAAGCGCAGACGGCUUCCCCUUCGUCGGCCCUGUGCCUGAAAGGGAGGGACAUUUUAUAGCCGCUGGAUUCGCUGGACAUGGCAUGCCUCGCGUUCUCCUCACGGCCGCACACAUAGCCCCUCUCGUCCUAUCAUCCCUUAACAUUCCCCAUACUACGCCGCGUCUCGCCGCCUCGUACCCGCCGCUACCCAAGCCAUUCUAUGCCACGCGCGAGCGGAUCGACAAGCUGCAGGAAAACGACUUAGCUGCCGUUGCUGAUGCCUAUAGGAAGCGCUGCGCCGAUAGCGCCGCGAAGCCUUUUUGUAACACGCCAAGGAGCGUGGUAAGCAAUGCAGCAGAGAUUGAAGAACGGCCAAAGGAGCAGAAGGGUACAGGUCUGAAAUCGUGUGCUGGUCGCACAUCAGUCUUAUCCCGAGAGACGGAAACGAAUUUGUGUCCUGAAAAGUCUAGACCAGGCGCCUUCUCCGAUAUGGGCUAUCUUGAGAGAGCAUUGCAGGGAGCGAGUAUCGACACUGCUCCGGCGCUGGCGAUGGGGACACCUCAGGAUAUAAAGUCGGGUGCUUAG